AUGAGAAUAAAAAUGAAUGAAGGGAAAGGAUUACAUUUAUGGUUGAGUGGAGGAGUGGGGGGAGGAUUUGGUGCUGAGAAUAAGUGCUUCUUUAAUUAAGCUGUUUUUGAUUAGGUGGGAUCAGGUGCAAUAAUUUCUUCCCUACCCUGAAUUCAUGUCACUUAUCAAUACUAUACUAUCUCACUUCAAUAAUACAUGAAAGGAGACAACAAAGUAGUUGUCCUUCUUUCAUUUCCUAACAUAAAUAUCUAUGUCAUGUUUUCCUAUGGAAUCUUGUCUAUCAAACUUACAACCACAAAACACUUCAACACAACCACAUCUUAUCUGCCACAAGAAUUCUGAGUUUUGCUAUUGAAAAUAGUUCUAAUCGACCUCAAGUUCGCUACACUGUUUUUUUUUUUUUUUACGAGGUAUAGUCCGUUUUGGAUCAGAAUCCACAAUGGCUGCCCGCCUUCACCGUCUAUUGCUCGACGCGGAUUCAACCUCAACAUCAACAAGUGACAUGAAUAGGCCAAGAGAGUCAUUCACAGCCACAGGUGAUUCGAAUUUUGACACCAACAUGGUGUUUAUCUUAGCAGCUUUACUUUGUGCACUUAUUUUUGCAUUAGGCCUUAACUCAAUUGUGAGGUGUGCUCUAAGAUGUAGUCACAGAUAUGCUUUCGAGACACCGGAUGAAACAAUUGCUCGUUUAGCUUCAAAGGGUUUGAAGAAGAGUGCGUUGCGUAAGAUCCCUAUAACUGUUUAUGGUUCAGGAGGUAGUGCUAAUUCUAGUACUAGUUUUGCAGCUACUGAAUGUCCAAUUUGUCUUGGGGAGUUUGUGGAUGGAGAGAAAGUUAGAGUGUUGCCAAAAUGUAACCAUGGAUUUCAUGUAAGGUGUAUAGAUAAAUGGCUGCUUUCACACUCCUCUUGUCCUACUUGUAGACAGUCUUUGAUUGAGUAUCCAAAUCCAAGUAGUUCUUCUGAAGGUUCAUCUGUAGUUGUGAAUGUUGUUCCUGUGGCUGCAGGAACCACAAACCAACGGCUUUAACUCAACGUCCAUGGUCGCAUUGGCUUGAUAUUGCGUAGAAUCACGAUUAAAUGUAAUAGGCUUAAUUGCGGUUUGUUGCAGUUGCAGAGAUAUCAAUAACCUAGAUUGUGUUCAUAGACUUUUUUUCGGAACCUCGGUUUGUAGCCUUGAAGGUAUAACAUAAAAUCUUUUGAAUGUUUGUUGUCUGUAAAUAGAUUGGAAAGAUACUUUUGAAUGUCUAGAUGAAACUUGGUUAAAUUUCAGAACUAAUUAAGUAGUAAAUUGUGUACUAAACUUUUUUUUUCCCGUUGUUGUCUUAAAAUUUUGAUAUAUUGUCGUAAAUAUAUUAUCUGAUAUGAGACUCUUAACAUGUCGCGGUGACACCAGUUAAAACUGAGACUCUUAACAUGUCGCGGUGACACCAGUUAAAACUACGUAACACUUUUCUUUAUUCUUGGUGGCACCAGUUAAAACUUUGAAACACUUUUCUUUAUUCUUUCAUAUAUUUUCUCUUGUCAAUUAAGCAAAAGCUAAAUUCAGAUGCUUUCUUGAAGGGAAAUAUGAGUACAAGAGCGUAUAAAACACCAAGUAGUCAUGAUUGUUACUUUGUUCUCACAUAAUGGAAUCUCAAUGUUUCUUCAUGUGCUGUAGCUAAUAUAUCCUUUGUGGGUUCCUUAGGCCCCACAGUCUAGGGGAAAGUUCAAUCCAGCACUACCUGUGAUUGUGAAUAUGAACCAAGUAUUGAGAAUUGAGGAGAGCCUGCAGCUUGUUGAGUUUGACAUUUUUUUAGGCAUUAUUCCAAAUGGACCACUGAUUACCAAUGUUGCAUAUUUUCUUCUUUUAUUUUGCUUUUGUUUGUUUUUUUUAUUCAUAAUCACCACUACAGAAAAACUAAGCAUGUGAAGAGAGGUAUGAGAAUGUGGGCUAGGGUAGCUGGCAUGUGAACAAAUAUGAAGUUUGAACUUUGAAAUGUGGAUAAUAGGACAUACAAAGAAAACAAAUACAUAACAUGGUUUGAAGU